AUGGACGUUGAGCACGCAAGGCCCGCCAAAAGGCGCCAUUUGGUUGUGGAGGAGCGACAGCGAGCGGUUCGCGCUUGUGUAGAAUGCCGCCGUCUGAAGGAAAAAUGUGAGGAUGGCAUGCCAUGUAGACGUUGUCGCCAUCUACGCCGGCCAUGUGAUUUCAACCAUAUGCCUGCUACAGUUGACAAGCGAGCGCCCGACUUUGCUGGCUCACUCAGGGAUCUUAUGGACCGACUGCGAUACAUGGGGUUCAUUCUCAAGCACCACUUCCCCCAUCUCGCUCUCGACAUCGAUUCUUUGCGACGUACGUGCGAUACCCUAUCCGCACAGAAUUCACGACUUGACCAGAGCGAGAUCACAGCAGAAAUGCUAGAGCUGUCUGGAAACGUGCAACUGUCCGAUAGCCCCGGUAUUGAAGACGAAAAUUGUACUAUCGACUCUGUAGACGACACUACAGUCCACUACUCCGGGGAGUUCUCUCAUUGGAAUUUCUCUAUGCACAUCAAACGCAAUAUAGAUGACUUAAUGGCCAGAUCCAACGUGCCGAGUUUAGAUCAUGCCAACCGAGUGCCAGACUUCAUCCGCGUUGGAGAGGCCGACCCGGGCUCCGCCUCCAUCUCAGAAAUCGUUGGCGUUUUCCCACCUCGCUCGGUGGCUACGUUUCUGAUAGACGUCUUCUUCAAGCACGCCACCAGUUUCUACUAUUUCACAGAUCGAGGCUCGCUUGACGGCAUUUUGGACCACAUAUAUGAAAAUAGGGCCGGAUUACGUUCAAAAGACGUUACCCCGUCAUGCCUGGUACUAAUGGUCCUUGCAGUCGGAACCCAAUAUGUCCACUUGGAAUCUCCUGAAAAGGACAGUAGACGCGUUAAUGGUAUUUUGUCAAACUCUAAGGAACACAAGAGCUGGGAGCUUGACAUUGGUUCGGCCUUUUAUCGUCAAGUAGCGAAGCUCUUGUCGGAAGUUAUCCAUUCUGGCUCGCUCCUAAGUGUCCAGGUUUUUCUCCUCCUUGGUCUUUACUGUCUACCUCUUGAUGCCUCCGGAUUGAGUUACGUCUACUUCAACCUGGCCGUUAAAGUCGCCAUACAAAACGGCAUGCAUCGAAGGGUCUCACGUAGUAUCUUUCAUGCUAAGAACAAAGAAAUCAGGCGUCGCAUUUGGUGGACAGCUUAUUGCAUGGAAAGAAAGAUUGGAAUUUACCAUGGACGUCCGGCAUCCAUAAAUCCCUCCGACAUUGAUGCAGAUAUACCACAAAGUCCUGAUGGUAACAAUAUAAGCAACGAUUCUUUCGAUGCCUCCGGCCUUUUAGAAUCGAUCGAUCUGACACGCCAAGCAGAGGCGUUUCUUCAAGAGAUAUCGCGUCUUCGAACGUGCGAGAGAUCUGAAAUCGGGACCAUCUUGAGCCGAAUCAAGCUUAUGAAGACGAACCUGCGAGGAUCAUGGGUGCCUCCUUGUAAGGAAGCUCAAUCAGCGUCAACAGCAAAUCGAGUAGAGCAACCAAUAUCUCGCGCGAAGAUGCAUUCUCGGUUAGAGUGCUGUCUGCUGCACAUGUUCAUUGGGCGACCCUUCAUUCUUGCCCACCGUCAGAGGCGUGCGGAUGUCAUUGCUCCGCAAGCGUCAGAAGCAUCUCGAACGAAAGCAGUAGAGUCCCAUAUGCAGUGGGACUUCUUGGUCCAAGACUGUAUUGCGGCCGCAAAAGAGGUGAUCAGUUGCUGCCAUGGUUUGCAGAUUGGGGGUAUGGGCCUCGCCAAGUCCUCCUAUACCGAAUAUAGCUCCUGCCGUGCGUCGUUGCUGGUCUUGAUUGCCUACAGCAUCUGCUAUCGCACGAACGAGUUUUCGAACACUUUGCGGAGAGGUUUGGAUGCAAUCAGGGAAAUGGCUUCUGUUGGCGAUUCGGCGCGUUCAGAAGUUUGUUUGCUUGAAAGGCUGGAAUCGGCAUUGCAUCGACUUCACGUAUUCGAUCCGAUACCUACUGAACCAAAAGUCACAGCAGCAAAAGACCCAGCGGAAGAUGGUUAUGAAGGAUUUGUUAAUUGGUACACAAGACUAGGAGUCUCAUCAAAUUCCCGUACCGGACCGUCGACACAACAUGGUGAAGUCGAACAAGGAGCGAAGGCGCAGACCCGAGAGCUUAGUCAACAGGCUGGACCAAGCAUACAUGAUCCAGUCGUGACCGUCAUGCCAGAUGAUACAUCCAUGGACAUAUAUCCUUUCGACUUUGAUUUGCUUCACACAGACGCUAAUGCGGCUUUUUUCACGCCAGACUUCAACGAAAUCGGCAAUUCGGAGAGGGAAUUGUUUCCAAAUCUAUUUUGGAUGCCGAAUUGA